UUACUUUACAUGAUUUUGAAACCCUCAAACUCAUAAUGUCAUUUCCAUGGUAAGGAAGCCAUAUUAUUUCAAAGGAUUAUCAAACCUAUAUGGGGAUUUUGUUCAGAUAUUUUUCCCAUUGCAAAAUAUAAAAGAAAACCUUAUUUGUUUAUUUUUGCUAUGAUUUGCUUUUUACUAGAAACUUUUAUGGCAAUAAGUGAUGUUGAUCGGAAAACGGCAUUCGUUAUAAUAUUUCUAAUACAAUUAUGCAUUGUAUUUUGCAAUGUGAUUGCUGAGGCAGUGUUAGUUGAAUAAAGUCAUGAAGUUAAUACAAGCAGGAAUGUAGCUUUAUUUUUUGGAAUGAGAGCAGUUGGAGGAUAUCUCUAUACAUAUAUUGCAUUUAAUUUUCCUAUUCAUAGGAAUAGUAUAAUAUUUAGAUUUAUAAGAUUUUUAGGUCUUAUCUUUAUUUCCAUUACUGAUUGCAAUUUUAUCAAUCUUUCUUCCAGAAUAAUAAAUGGUUGAUGAAAUAA